AUUUUAAUUAAAUAGAAUUUUUUUUCUCUUUUUUUCCUUUUUGUUUUUUUUAAAAAAAAAAAAAUUUUCAUAAUGGUGGAUAUUUAUAAAGAAGAUAUAACCAAUGAUUUUCAACAAUUUUCCGAAGAGGAUUAUAAUGUUAUAAUUUAUGCGGGAGAAGAACCUAAUAUUAAAGAACUUCACGCCCAUUCAAUUAUUUUAAGAUGUCGUUCACAAUAUUUUAGGGCAGCGUUUAGUCCUAAUUGGGCCAAAAAAAGUGAUGGGACGUAUAUUUUAAAGAAACCAAAUAUUUCCGGAACAACUUUUCAAAUAAUCCUCAGAUAUAUUUAUAGUGGAAGAAUUAAUUAUAGUCAAAUUGAAAAAACGGAGUAUUUGGAAUUAUUAAAAGCGGCAGAUGAGCUCAUAUUUGAUAGAAUCGUUGAUAGUCUUCAAGAUUAUUUAAUUAAAAAUCAAAAUGAGUACUUAAAACAAGAUCCAAUAGGAAUACUUCAACUUAUUUUUCCUUAUAAACAGUUCAUACCUCUAAGGGAUUUUCUUGUAAAAUUAAUCUGUCAAAAAGCGGGAGAGUUAUUUGAGAGCGAAAGAUUUUUAACUUUACCUCCACAAAUAUUAGAAUUAUUGUUUAAACAGGAUAACAUCACAUUAGAUGAAGUGGAUAUUUGGGAUUAUCUAAUUAAAUGGUCUCAUGCACAAAAUCCUACUAUUGGAGAUAAUCCUUUAAUAUGGACUAAUAUUGAUUUUGAAGUUAUGAAACAAACAAUGGGUAAUUUGAUCUCAUUAAUCAAAUUUCGUAAUAUUCCAUCUAAAGAUUUUUUCGACAAGGUACAUCCUUAUAAGAAAUUAUUAUCGGAAAAUAUCUUGCAAUUAUACUCCAUUUCAAGUCCAAAAACACCUAAACUUAAAUCUAAUAUUAUUACUAAACAAAAAGAUCUCUAUUAUUCAUUAUUUUUAAAUUGGAUAAAUAAGAGGGAUAUGAUUUAUAAGACUAGAGAAUUCAUUCAAUACGAUUUUAAACCUAUUUUACACAUUAAAGGUAAAAGUCAAAUUAGCGGUGAUAGAUUUCAUUUUAGAUGUGAUGGUAAAGGUGCAACAAUUGUAAUCGCAAAAAUUAAAAAUUCAAAUAAAUUAGUGGGUGGAUAUAAUCCAUUAGAUUGGCAAGGAAAGGGUAGUAAAUCGACAUCAGAUAGUUUCAUAUUUUCAUUUGAUGAUUAUAAAAAUGUUAAUUCAGGUAAAAUUGGUAGAGUAAUUCAUAAUAAACGCGCUGUACGAUGCUUCAGAAGAUGGGGACCAAUCUUUGGCGCUUAUAAUAAAGUGACGGAGAGUAAUGAUUUAAUGAUGCGAUCAAAUGGUGAAUGGUUUGCAACUCCAACUUCUUAUCCUAAUCUAAAUAUUCCAAGUAAGUUUGAUGUAGAUAGUUAUGAAGUAUUUCAAGUAAUUAGAGAAUAGAAUCAUUAUUACAUUAUUAGAUUAUAAUAUAUAUUAUCAUUAUUACAUUAUUUAGAUUAAAAUAGAUUAUGUUAAAUUAGAUUGUUUAUAAAAUAAUAUAAUU